AUGCCCAGCGUCAACAUCAACCCUCAGACUCCCCAGGAGAAGUUCGACCUGAUCGUGUCGGAUCUCCAGGAAGUGCUUGGCGCCGACAUUAUCAAGGCCAAGCUUGAGAAAGGCGAAACCGUAUCUCUGUACUGGGGAACCGCAACAACCGGACGUCCUCAUUGUGGAUACCUAGUGCCUGCAACACAGAUCGCUUCUUUCCUUCGUGCUGGAUGCCGCGUCAAGGUUCUGCUUGCCGAUAUUCAUGGCUUUCUCGACAACUUGAAGGCUCCCAUUGAGCUCGUCAAGUUCCGCGCUGAAUACUACCGCCACUGCAUCACAAGUCUUUUGAAGGCCGUCGGUGUCUCGAUCGAGAAGCUCGAGUUCGUCCUUGGCUCUUCUUACCAGCUCACUCCUGAGUUUAACAUGGAUAUGUACCGUCUCCACAGCAUUGUCAGCGCACACGACGCAAAGAGGGCAGGCGCCGAAGUCGUCAAGCAGACUGAUAGUGCUCCUUUGAGUGCAUUGAUUUACCCCAUCAUGCAGUGCUUGGACGAGCAGUACCUCGACGUUGACGCACAGUUCGGUGGUGUCGACCAGAGAAAAAUCUUCGCUCUGGCAAAGGAGGUCCUCCCUAAGGUUGGAUUCCGUGAGAGAGCACAUUUGAUGAAUUCGAUGGUCCCUGGUCUUACUGGCGGCAAGAUGUCGGCCUCCGACCCUGACUCAAAGAUUGAUCUUCUGGACGGUCCCGAGAUUGUCAAGAAGAAGCUCAAGAAGGCUGUCGCUGCUCCCAAGAUCGUCGAAGAGAACGGCGUCCUCAGCUUCGUCGAAUUCGUCCUCCUCCCUAUUUCUGCCCUCCAAACCGGCGAGCCCCGCUUCGUUGUCGAGCGCAGAGAAGGCGAACCCCUCGUCUACAACUCCAUCGCCCAGAUGCACUCCGACUACCGCGAGGACAUUCUGUCUCCUCAAAUCCUCAAGCCUGCUGUCACCGAAGCCCUCAACAAGCUUUUGCAGCCCAUCCAAGCUGACUUCCAGGCUAACGAGGAAUGGCAGAAGGUUGAGAAACUGGCUUACCCUCCCCCUCCUGCACCUGAGAAGAAGGUCAAGGUUAAGAAGGACAAGGGUAGCAAGUUCCCCGGUGCUGCCAAGAAGGAUGUUGUUGCUCAACCCGACGGUCAUGUUGAAGGCUCUGAUAGUGCUGAAGUGAAUGUUGGUAAGGCUGAGGAGGGUCUUAAGAACCUCGAUGUCGAGGAAAAGUAA